AUGACCUACACGCUUUUAGAAAAACAAAAUCUUUUGGGCAAUUUGCGUAUGGCUGGGAAAGAUUGGUUUUCUAGUUUCAUGAAGAGAAAUGCUGAGUUAUCUCUUCGCAAACCGGAACCUACAUCUGCUGCAAGAGUUAACGCUUUCAACAGAAGUACGUUUCAGAGCUUGUUUGAUCUUUUAGAUUAUCUGUAUAAAAAGUAUGAAUUUAGUGCCACAGAGAUAUUUAAUGUUUAUGAAACUGGAGUUUCCUGCAAUCCCAAGUCGUACUCUAGAGUUGUUGCUCGUUAUGGGCAGAAGCAAGUAGAAACGAAAGUGUCUGCUAAACGAGGAACGACUGUAACGGCAUGCCUCCGUUUGUCAGCUUCUGGAGCAUACAUGCCUCCUCUUUUAAUUUUUCCAAAGAAAAAAAGAAAUGACGCAUAUUUGGAAGGAGUGCCCCUGGAGGUCGAGCAGAGUUCAAUGGAUGAACCUGUGCUACUGAUAGUUGAUGGACACGCUUCACAUGUAAAGAACCUCAAAGCAAUAAAGCUUGCUCAAGAUAAUAUAGUCAUAAUGGUUUGCCUUCCACCACACUGCACUCAUCGAAUGCAGUCAUUGGACGUUGCUUACAUAAAACCAUUGAGAACUGCCUACGAAUCAGCAGUGCUUAACAGCUUCAACCAUGGAAAAGUUGUCAAAAGCUUUGAGGCAACUGAAGUUUUUCCAUUCAAACCAGCAGAAUUUUUAGAUAAAAAUUUUCCAGCACAAGAGUUGGAGAAUUCCCUACCUCUUA